AUGGUAGGGGUGUAUUGGCAGUAUGGCGUCGGGGAGCCACUGGCUGAUGUACGGAAUGCAGCGAGUCCAAGCGCAACAUCAAAUAAGAUAGCUGUGAAAUCUUCCGGCGUAAAAAAGACAUCAGCCGCGGAGAACACAGACGAGGAGCACCCGAGCAGCAGUGCCACCACAGCCGCAUCAGCGACUGCAGGUUCAGCAGCAUUUCUUCCCGGCUCGGCGCUCAGUAUUUCGAAUUCACUUACUGCUGCUACAUUAGCUGCAGCUGCUCUCCAGCAGCACCAACAACAGCAACGCCAUCAGCAACAGCAGCAAUCUUCUUUACAGAAUUUAUGGAUGCAGCCUAAUAUACCGAACGUACUGGCCCUGAUGCAGGAGUAUUAUGCACAGUUCUCUUUGAACAACGCUGCAUAUCUUCUUGGUACUGGUAGUCCAUCUGUUACGCCAGCAAACAAUAAUGGAAGUGCUUUCAAUACUAUCACCAAAAUUACCAGCAGUCCAGAAGAGCCAUCACCUGUAGCACAGAGCUCGAACUCGCAUGCAAUUGGCUUAUCGAGCGGCUUUGGCAGACCGGAUUCGGCGCAGGAUCAGCUGUCGAGUCCAGGCAUAAAGCAGAGAACAUGGAACGGGCUUGGAGCUUUUGGUAGCAAACGGCAGCGGUCCCAGAAUGGUUCGGAAGCUUUAUCACCAGUAGCGCCAUCAGCACCCCCACAUUCUAAGCAGUCAAGGUUGGAUGGGGGACAUAUGGAAGAGAGCAAUGAGGAUUCGAAGUCCGCGAUGCUGAAUGUUGUGGAUGAUGACGACCUGACGUAUGCUGAGCCAGCUGCACGCCGCGAUGUCAAUGCGAAAAAGGAUCGAUGUACAUUUUGCUGCAAAGUAUGCGAAAUUUUGCUUAACUUCCAUUUUAAAUGCUAUUCUGGCGGCUUUUGCUCGCAGCGAAUCAAGACGACCUUUGGAGGGCCUCCGGAAGUUGUAUGCGCACCGGUGAUGCUUGUUUCACUUGGUCGUAUAGUACUCUCUUGUAGAAUAAGUAGGCCUGUUGCACUAGAAGGCGGCUGCUCAGAUGACUUCCCAGGUGGAAGUAGCAAGCAGUUUACUUUACCGGAGGCAGAUAUUCGUGCAGGUUUGGGAGAACUAGCUGCAUCACAAUAA